AUGACGCCAUUGUUUCGCCCGAGCAGUGCCUGUGAAGAAGAGAUGAAACUACCUGCAGAACGAUCCCUUGAUCUCAUGCACUCGGAUUUUCGUUCGACGAAGUUAGGCAGGAGAUCGUACAAGCCCGCCAUAAGCCCGGGAGCUUACUCUGAUCAGGUUCUCACCCAAUUUGCCAACCUUAUUUCAAUUUCGGUUCCUGAGAAUCUGAAACUGCUCUCCUAUUCAUUUAACUUACUCGAAAUGGGCUACUCCAGGCAAGAAGUCGCUCGAUUGAUAGCAAAAGAGAGAAGAAGACCUAUACUUGAACCGGUGGAUGUUGACGUCAAACCCAAAAGGUCGCGACCCGCUUCCGUAGUCGAGCCGAAUGUUGAAACUACUCCAAGUCAAGAUAACAAUGGGAAUCAAUCCGACGAUGAA